UGUUUAACGUUGGCCUCAGGGCUAACGUCAGCGAAGAAAGUGUUCCUGAACUUCCGUUGCUUAAUCUGUGUAAUUUAUUUAUGCGUUUAUUUGAUAUAAUCGUCUGAUAUACUUCUGUAUGUCUUGUCAGCGAUGCAGACGUCUCACUGCCACACUCCUCAGAUUAAUUACAGUCCUCAAGAACUUGAUUUGGAAAUAAAAGCAUUCAUCAGUGGUGUUGAUCAGACACAAGGUCGUAAACUUAGUAUUCGUGAUCAUGCCCGUUGUGCUGUGCGACUCCUCCGCGCUGUCCCAGCAUGCCGUGGGGCAGUCCUGGAGCACUUGAGGGGUGUGUACGACGAGCACGUGGUGGCUUUUUUCCAAGACUUGGAAGCAGAAAAUGACAAUGGCAGUAACAGCAUCACUGGAGGCACCAACACAAGCGUGUCGAACCUGGAAGACGUGAUUACAGAGGUCCAUGCUGUUCUGCUUGAGUUUAUUAGGCUCAGCCCAAAAGCCUGGGCUCCGCUGGUGUCUUCCUGGGCGGUGGAUUUGCUUGGUCAGCUCAGCAGUAAGCAUGCAGGAAGAAGAGCGGCGCCUCACUCCUCCAGCCUGAACGAGCUCUUACAGCUCUGGAUGUCGUGUGCAGCCACUCGCUCCCUCAUGGAGUGCUACUCCCAGUGUCUCGCAGCGAUGUUGGCCUGGUGCCCUGACGCCUGCGUGGAUGCUCUGUUGGAUACCUCCGUGCAGCACUCGCCCCAUUUUGACUGGGUGGUUGCGCACAUUGGGUCAGCUUUCCCUGGCACCAUCAUCAGCAGAGUGCUGGCCUGUGGACUCAAGGACUUCUAUGCGCACGGAUAUCCUUCAGGAGAAAAAACUAGCCAACCGCAGGCCAUUGACAAAAGCAGCAGGGUGCCCAAAAUAGGCUCCGUAGUGGGUAUCCUGGGCCACCUAGCCUCCAGGCACUCUGAUAGCAUUAAAAGGGAGCUCCUCAGGAUGUUCCAGGAUAGCUUGUCUCCUCCACCGCAAAAUACACCAUCUUCAGGGACUGUUGGGUGGGAGAGCUCCCCUCACCUCCGCAGAGCCACAGUGCCUUUCCUGCUCCAGCUAGCUGCUCUCUCCCCAACUCUCCUCGGCGCUGUAUCGGCCGAACUGGUGGAGUUCCUCCGACCGCCCGUGCUUCUUCAGCUCCAGGCUCAAUUUCAGGGCCUGCCCAGGGAAGAGCUGGAGAACAUGCUGGGGUUGGCAGUGCACCUCAUCAGCCAGAGUCCUGCAGGCGGCGCCCGGGUGCUCCGCUUCCUUGCUGACACCGCCACGCCGGCCUCUGUUAUCAUUUCGGGCCCAACACCCUCCCCUCAUGACGGCGUGCGAGAAGCCUGCGACCGCCUACUUCAAAUGCUCCUUUUGCAUCUCCACAAGCUUGUAUACAACAGGCCAGAAGGAGAUGAACCAUAUCAACACUCGACACCCUCUUCUGCGACGACACGUAUGGUCCCGUUUCUUGAAGAACUACAGGCCCAUGUCGGUGAGCUCUGUGCCGAGACCCUCAGGCUUGAGCGGAAAAGGCACCUGUGGCUGCAUCAGCUCCUGUGUCUGUUGUCAGUAUAUGGAGGCCCUAGUGUGGCCACUGAAGCUCUGUGUCAGCUGCUCACGCAAGCCAGGAACCCUGAGGAGCUUGCGUUGGCCUCGCAGCUUCACUCCCCUCUUUCUUCCUCGAUCCCCGGUCUGCUCCCAGCAGCUGUGGCUCGCUGCGUGGCUCAGAUCCACACCCAGAACCUGAACAGUAGAGAGUUGGCGCAGCUUUUGAACAACCUGGCCACUGCUGUGCAGAGCCAGGAAGAGGACUGCAAAGCUGGUGCUUCUGUGGCUGGAAGUUCGGCACAAUCAUCAAUGGCUGCCCAGGUCGGCGUGGCCGUUUCGGGCCACCUUCAUGAUUUCUGCCCGCUGCUCCUUCACGGUGACACCACGGUAUCUCGAGCGGCAGCUCGUCUCCUGUCCUGCAGCCAGCUCCCGAGAGCUUGCUCCCCAGCCCACCUGCUCCUCAUAUCUCGGGCAGCAGUGGCACAUUUCUUCAUAGCUCUGCGGCAGAGGGGUGAGGGAUUGAAGGUUGCAGGGCAAGGUAGUGGGGAGGCAGUCAGUUACUCCAUGCGCUUGCUCUCCCGGCUGGCAGCUUACUCUUCCCUGACACUCAAAGCUGUGCUGCAGCAGCUUGUGGAGGGGGCUUUACACCAAGGCAACCAAGAUCUGUUUGGUGGGCAGAGAGAAAGCCUAAGUGAAGAUGGCGCCCUCCCUCCCAACUUGGGCCCAGACUUGGGUGUAUCCUUGCUGGACAUCAACUGUAAGUUUGGCACGGCUGUUAACUUCUCCGGAAGCGUGUGGUCUGUGUUCCAUGCUGGGGUGGUUGGAAAGGGCCUGAAACCUCCCCGCGCUCCCUCACAGUCCGACCCAGACAAGGUGAACCAGAACAUGCAGACUUUGCUUGCUGUGACAGUCCAGUGCUGCAGCUCUAGUGCUGGAGGAGGAAGCAGUAAUGGAUCAGGUACAGGUUCUGGCAGUGCCCGCUGCCAUCAUUCUACGGGACCCAUCUUGGAUGAGCCAUCCCCCAUCAAUGCUGAAGCUGCCAAGGUAAUCGCUGUAGCUCUGGUGGAGAAUGUUUGCCCUGAUGUAGCAAAUGGAGAACUGUCCUGGCCGCCUGAGGAACAUUCCAAGACCACUGUUGAGCGAGACAUCCACAUCCGUCGAUGCUUUGAAGCGAAUCCUGUGUUGUUCCACCUCCUUCGAGUGGUGGCAGCUGGACGCCCGGCACUCUGCUAUUGCUCUGUUGUUCUGAGAGGCCUUCUGGCCACACUGUUGGCCCACUGGGAGGCUUCAAGAGAGCCCACAGUGCUAGAUUCGCCCUGGCACCUUCAGGCAUCAUGUCUGCUAGUGUCCUGCAUGGGAGAAGGGCAGCUUCUGCCCCCGGUGCUGAGCAACAUUCACGAGGUCUUCCCUCAUCUUUCCCCUUUUGAGGUCAGACUUUUACUGCUGGGCGUGUGGGAGUACAUGCGAGGAAACAGCCCUAUGCCACAGAAAUUCACCUUUAGCGCUGAGAAAGCCGUGUUUUUCAGAGACUUCUCUCGAGAUGGUGAUGUGGCUCGCUAUAUUGCACCGAUCCACAGUGUCCUUCACAAGAACAUUGACCAACUCGGGCACCUGUGUUGGAGAUUUCAGAUCUGAGGCCUUCUGAGUACUGCAGAACUAAACCGUUUCAGGAUAGGUGAGGUUCUUGGGUUCAUACUGUCUGUUUUCCCUCUUUUUUCUUGUACUGUUGGUCAGUUUCCUUGUCACUCCCUCCGGAGGGAUAGUUGUUUGUUUGUUUGUUUGUUUUUGUUUAGUUGUUGUUGGACUUUUACACCUUUGAACAGUUGAACCAAAUGAAUACAUUUAAAGUGAAAUAUUAAUUUGACAUGUUUAGUUUGUCCAUUAGGAUUUUUUGGCAUGGUAUUGAGGGUCAUUUCAGAAAAAAAUUGAAAAGUGGGCAAAUGAAACAUUGUAAAUUGGGGGCGGGGGCGGGGAUUUUUAUGUUAUGAAACAUAACAACCUUAUUGCUUUGUUGUGGUUAUUUUUAUAGUAGGAAAUGUUUAUAUUGUUUAUGUUGCGCUUAUGGAUUUGUUACUAUGCCAGUUAUGAAUUUUGAGUGGGGAAAAAACUGUACAUAUUCAGUUGGAGCCUUUUAACAAACCUUUUCAUUAUACUCAUGGAGAAAAAAAUAAAAGUUUUCGAAAAAUUUU